GAGGUGAGAGCAGAAUCAUCCUUCUUCUCCCAUCAGCCUCCUCCUCUUCCCAUUCCUCCAACCCACCGCCACGCUACUCCAUCCCGCCAACACACUGUCUCAGCCAUGUAUGGUUCUGCUGUCUACCUCCACUGUCCAGAGUCUACUGGAUCCAAAAGAGGAACCACAUGGCAACUACCCUCUAAGACCAUCCUGGAACAUCGAUACAGUCCAGAGAGACCAAUUAAAGUUUUCCGUAACGGGACUCUGAGGAUUCUUCAGCUAACAGAGCUGGAUGGUGGAAGUUAUCUUUGUGUCUUUCAGCGGCCUAAUGGAGAGGACAUGGAGCUCUUCCAGGUGGAGGUGCUGAUGACCCCUCCCAGAAUCGAACAUGUGAGGGCUGCACAAACCAGGAUUACCUUUGGAGAAAAUUUCCAGGUGGACUGUGUUGCAACUGGCCUCCCUGAUCCAGAAGUUUCCUGGAGUCUCCCAGAUGGAACUUUGAUCAACAAUGCCCUUCAAUCAGAUGACAGUGGCCUUCGCAACCGUCGUUAUGUCAUCUUUGGCAAUGGAACUUUACUCCUUCAGCAGAUGGGCAAAAAGGAUGAAGGAGACUACACUUGCUACGCCAAGAACAAACUGGGCAAAGAUGAAAGAAAAGUGAGCGUCAAAGUGGGACCAAAUGCUCCAAAAAUUAGAUUAAAAACACAGACCCUUGUGAUAGUAAAACUGGGAGAAUCAGCUAAAUUGAGCUGUCAGGCAACAGGUGAACCUAUACCAAGGAUUAUAUGGAUCUCACCAAGAAAGGAUGUGAUAGCAGUGUCAUCGGACAAAUUCCAGAUUAUGGAGGAUGGAAUAUUAGUUGUGAAGAAAGUGACACUGACUGAUGAAGGGAAAUAUGCCUGUGUGGCACGAAAUUCUGCUGGUGAUGAUAUCAAAAACGUGAAAAUUGAAGUAGAACCCCAGGAACCCUUUAUCAACGGCAUGAAGGGAAAAAGUGCUACAAAGGUUCUGGGUGUUUCCUACCAAACAGCACUUCUGCAUUGCAGAGUGGAAGGAAAACCCGAACCAAGAGUCUGGUGGGUUACUCCUUAUGGCCACUCGCUCACAACAUCCUACCUCGGAGGUCGCUUCCAAGUCCACCAAAAUGGGAGCUUGGAGCUGAGGGGGGUAAGGAAAACAGAUGAAGGGAGGUACAUGUGUCUUGCUAAAAACCAUCUGGGUGAAGCCUCCCAUUUGGUUGAAUUAGAGGUGGCGUCAUUAGCUGAGAAACCUAGCUUUGCUGUUCCCAAUAUUGAAAUCUUACCAAUAAAGCAAGAUGGUGGGGAACUGGUCCUUGAAUGUCCAGCUCGUGGCAAACCAAACCCAGAGUUUUCAUGGGUGCUACCCAAUGGGACAAUGUUAACACCUGGUGUGAGACUUCAACGCUUCACCCAUCAUCGAAGUAAUGGAACUCUGCAGAUCUCUCAGCCUGUUGCAACUGAUAAGGGAGUGUAUCGCUGCCUUGCAAAAAAUGUGGCAGGACAAGCAGAGAAACGUUAUGCCCUGGAGGCAGGCAGAAAACCAAUCAUCAGAGGCUCUACAGGUAUGUUUUUGCAUCUCAUAUUAAUAAAGCAGAAGUCUUCUUAGUUUGGUCAAUCAGGUCUGAAUCAGUGGAUGAGUUAGUAGACUUUUGCAUUUCCUCUUGGUUUGGUUGUAAUUUCACGGAAGAUACAGAAAACCACACUGGCGGAAACAUUCUCCCAUAACAGUGACUAACAUCAUUUACAAGUUGUAAUUAUUUUUCAAUCUUACAUACCAAUUUUUUUUAAAGGAUAUUUAUCACUUCAGAUACUGUUCCUGUGAGGUUAAAAGUUA